ACUAAUUUCUUAUACAAAUAAAUUUUAAUUUAAUUAAACAUUUAAUAAACAAGGGAUUAUAAUAAUAGACAAUAACAAGAAAAUGCAAACAAUUCAUAAAGUGGAUGGAUUUACUGAAAUCUAUUUCAUGGUUGAUAAAAGAAAAAAAGGGAUAAUUGUGCAUUGGACUAAUUAUGUACAAAUGUGUAUCCUUUAUAAUACUUAGUUUGUUUGUUUUUUUUUAAAGCAAAAGGAUCAGUAGUAAUGAUAUAUUUAAAGUGAAAAGUAGUAUGUUUUAGUCACAGUAUGAAUAUCAAAACCAAAAUACAAAUAUAUCUAAAUAAUUUCACUAGUUGAAAUCAUGAGUCAAUUGAAGCUAGAUCACCAUGGAAAACCUGGAAGCAUUGAACGGCCGUUUAGUCCUAGUAUGGGACUCCUCAGCAGUGCGCAUCCACGAUCACGAUUCUAAAAUCUCCACAAAACCCCUUCUGAUAAUAAUCAUCUGCUCACUAGUGACUGAUUUCAAGAGGCAUUUCAUGGAGUUCUAGUGAGAAGCCGUUACCAGUGCAGUUCAACUAGGUCUGUUGUGAGAUAUCAGCUCACUGAAGACAAUGGUGUACGGUGGCGCGAUUUCGUGGAUUGGUUGAAGUUAUACAUUAACACCGUUGAAUUCCAGCUGGCUCAGUGGUCUAAUGGUUUAGCGCUUGCUCGCGAGACUGAUAAGUGUUAGGUUCGAGUCUUGUGAGUGGGGGGCGGGAUCGUGGAUAUUCACUACUGAGGAGUCGCAUGCUAGGACGAAACGGCCGUUCAAUGCUUGCAGGUUAGGGUUUAGCUCGAAUUGACUCAUGCUUUCAACCAGUGAAAUUUCUAAAAUCUCCACAAAACCCCUUCUGAAAACAUCAAAAUAAAGUGAAGAGUGUAUCCUAGGCCCUAUUAUUCAGCUAACAUAAUAGGUUAAAGUUGAAUCAAUGACUUACAAAACUGAUGACAUUUUCUAAUUGUUCAUGAUAUAUAACCUUAUUCUAAGGGAGGAUAAUUUUGUCACUAACACUGGUUGAUUAUAGAUGAUUAAUUUCAUGAUACUAUUAAUCUACGUUUAGAAAGUAAGUUUUUAAUAAAUUAGUGUCAUGUAUUAUUUAGUUUAACUGGAAAAAAUACCCUGGACGGAAGAAUACUUAAAUUUUCAUAGUUUUUGUUAAUUCGCAAUACAAGCGAGGCUUGGUUAAGUGUCUCUUUAAGAGGACUCAAAGAAUUUGUAAUUUUGACACGGUGGAAAAAGAUGAAAAGUUACUGACUGACACAUUAAUAGUAAAUGGUUAUCCACUAAAGUUUAUUAAUGAGUGCAAAAUUCAGUUAAUACCAAGACCUCCUGUUUAUUCAAUUCAAAAUAAAAAAGUUUAUAUCCAUCUACCAUAUAGAGGUUAAUCCAACAGAGAUUGAAAGCAGCCAUCGAGAAAACCUAUUAUGUUUGUCAAUCGGUUGUGAUUGAAAAGUCUAAGCUCAUGAUUUCAAUAGACCUAGACAAUGCACUGAUGAUUAUGCCACAUCCCAUUGUAUUUACCAAUUUCCAUGUUUGUGUGAACACACAUAUAUAGGGAGGAGUAAUGGAAUAAUGCAAUCAAGGGUCGCUGGACAUGUGCGUAGAUGGCUUCAAAAUCAGUGUUGAUAAGAAAUAAAAUUUAAAUUAUUUUCGGCAUAGUUAUGAUCUAUUUUAAGUGCUAAGUAAAUCCUCAUCUAUCGUCUUUGUGUUUACACUUGCUUCGUAUCAUUCACUAUUUCUAAUAAUAAUUGCCAGUUUUCUACCAUUACAACAGCUGUCAAUAAAUUUACGGGAGAUCAAUAAAAAUCAUAAUCUGCAUCAAUCUUGUGUUCUUAUUUAUGUAGCACAAAGCACAGUGCCUUAAAAUAACUCAAUAAAUUCACUUUAAAUAUAGUUUCUUAAUAUUAAACAUCCAGGUAAAACAUUAGUUCAUGUAAACAUUGUAUAAAAGUGUUCAAAAAUAAACUAUUUGUUUCCAUGUCAGAAUACCCUUGAGUCAACAAAAUAAAUUUCCCUUUCUAGUGAUAUGAGAUACACAUAUAUUCACAAAAAGAUUGUUUGGUCAUAUUACAAGAUUAGAAUACUUUUACGAUACCGAUGGCUUGUCGUUCUUUAGUUUUGUUCUCAAUAUUACUUAAUUUUAUUCAGUAGCCUGUAUCGUUCCACACAUAAUAAUGGUUGCUUUCAAUAAUUCCCAUAAUUGAUUAGGAAAUCUACACUGAUAUUUUAGCCAACACUCAUGCAAGAGCUUCAAAACGAAAUAGUCGCCUGGUAUCGAAAGUUUGACGUAUGAAUUGUUAUUCUUAUAUCAUAUUUGACUGAUUAUCUCGUUGUAGCUGACUGACUGACUGAUUAUCUACUUAUAUAUCUAUUGACAACAGAUUUAAUAUUUUUUUACUCUUUCUGUAACAUUUGAUUACAUAAACAUAAAGUUUUAUGAAGUUCUCUAGAAUGACAAAGAUCAGAAAAUAACUGGUUUUAUUUAUUGAUUUCCUAAUUUUAAUUGUCUACUUUCAUAAUACACUUUACUGAAUGAUAUUAAAUGAGUGCUACAGUUAGCGAGGCUUCAAAUAACCGUUAAGAAGAGGGUCAAAAACUUAACAAAGAAUGUUGUAUAGCUAAAGGCAAAAAAGUGUCUAUACAAAAUUCAAGAUAGUGAGCACUUUGGUUAAAAAAAGCAAGUGUUGUAAGUAGUUUGCAUUUUACAGUAUAUGAUAGUUACGUCGGUAGUUGAAUACUUAGACUUCCAUAAUUCACAGUUUCGGAAUUCAUUCGAUUGAAGAAAGGCUCCAUAAAACAGGUUUGCUGUAUCCAAUCUGUAAACUCAUUUCAACAUUUAUCUUAUGUUAACAACCACUUCUGUUGGUCUUGUGUAGUUAGUUACGAGAGACAAAUCUAUCAUCAAAUAUGUGGAGAAAAGGCUAUUAAGAGCUAUAUACUGACUAACUUCAGUCGUGUAAUCGACCUAAAUUCAGAUUUUGGAUUUAAUCAAUCCUAUUUGAAUGAUAGAUAAGAGUUGUAGUUUAUGUGGACGUUCUUAGUUAUUUUGUGUUUGUUUUUCAAUUGAGUGACUUAAUUAUUUUACAUUGAUCGAAAGUCAUAACCAUCCAUGUCAACAAAUUCAAUGUUUUUAAUCCUUUAUGGCCUUUUUUGUUUUUAUAUUUAUCUAAAUUACACUUUCCUUUUCAUUGUUAUUACUCAAUUGUUGUUAACAUUCAACUCCAUUUCAUGAGCAAAACAUUAUCAAAUAUUACGAAUAUAUAUACGAAACGGCCGUCCAAUGCUUCCAGGUUUUCCAUGGUGAUUUAGCCUUAAUUGACUCAUGAUUUCAACCAGUGAAAUUUCUACAUUCUCUACAAAACUCCUUCUGAUAUUAUCAAUAUACCUCAAUCAUUUUCAUGAUAUAAUGAUUUAGUUAAUUAUUGAUUAUUAAUUUGUAACACUCCUUUCAUUUAUCACUUGAUUGGUAUUAAUUUUGUCAUUGGUAUUACUAUUACCAUUAUCGAACAUAUACAUAUUCAUAUAGAGCUAUAAUGAAAAACUAAUUACAAAAGAAAUAUUUCCACAUUCUAUUCAUUAUUGCCUAAAAUUCAAAAUCACUUUAGAAUAGAAUAUCAUUUAUCGUAAACAUGUUGGAUUACUAUGCCAGAGUUACGAAAGUAUAUGGAAGAGAAUGAUGUGGAUGAAAAGAUGUUUGAGCGUUGGAAAACUCUAUUUGAUCCUGAAUCUACUGGUCGUAUAACAUUGGAAAAAUUCUCUGAAGUAUUAGGUUUACAAGAAGAAGUUAUAAAUAUUCAAACUGCUAUUCACGGAAAUGAAAUGCACGAUGUAAAUGUUAUACAGUCAGAUAUGAAUACAAAAAUGAAAUUGACUAUUUGUGGACUAAUUGAUGAAGGGAUAUUGAUUUAUCAUGAUGAUUUGAAAUUAGUUGAGUUCUUGAAAGAUGAAUUGGAUAAGUAUUUUGGAAAGUUAUGGAAUGUAAUCAUCAUCUAUGGUCGAUAUUGGUCACGUUAUUGUCAUGAAACAGGUUAUAAUUUUUGUUUUAUCAAAGACGACCGUAUAUUCCUAGUAUACAAGAUUCCGGAUAUAUAAUAGAAAAAUAAGAUAUUUCAAUCACAUUCCAUUCUUGAAGAUAUUUUUGUGAUAACUCUGAAGCAAAAAUGAUGAACACAAAGACUUCUCUUGUUUUGAUAUUUUACGUGUAAAUUUUGAUUCCGGUUUAUUCAUAAGUUUGUCGAAUUCUUUGACUAUAUAACAACCAAUCAAUGAUUAUAUAAAAGUUGGACUUGUAUUUUAGCUAACAAAAAACAUGUGG